AUGGAAAAUGUAUCCAUGAUCAGCACUAACCUAGUUCUUCUUGGACUUGUGGAGAUGGAGAAACUUAAGUAUCUGUAUGUUGUCAUCUCCCUGGGAACUUACUUGAUCACCGUCAUCUUAUGCUCCACGAUUGUGUUUGUCAUAUGGACGGAAACGAGUCUCCAUGAGCCUAUGCACAUCUUCAUCUGUAACCUUCUUCUCAAUGGAAUGUUUGGCAGCACCAUUUUCUUCCCAAAACUCCUAACCGACCUGGGUUCCGGCUCCAAAAUCAUCUCUUUUGCCGGCUGUCUCGUCCAGUCGUUUUGCAUGCACACGUUUGCCGCAGUUGAACUGUUCACCUUUACCAUCAUGGCACAGGACAGAUACAUAGCCGUUGGUCAACCUCUGAGAUACGCAACGCUGAUGACCAACGGCAAGGCCCUGAAAUAUAUUGGUGUGAUUUGGUUAAUAGCGAUCAUAGCUGUUUUUGUGCCGGUGGUAAUGACAUCCCAACUUUCCCUGUGCGGAAUAAAUAUUAAUAAUGUUUUUUGUGAUAACAUGUCUCUCAUUAGGCUGGCAUGUGGUGACACCUCUGUAAAUAACAUAUUUGGUGCCGUUGAGGCAUUUUUUAUAAAUAUUAGUGCUCUACUGAUGGUCAUCUACUGCUACAUACAGACAUUUCGUAUCUGUCUGAAGAUCUCUAAAGAAGCACAUCAAAAAGCCGUCCGCACUUUGGUCACGCACUUGGUGGCUUUUUCCAAUUACAUGGUGGCCACUUUGUUUCUUCUUCUACGCUACAGACUGAACAGCAAUGCCCUUUCUAUCAAUGGACACAUUCUAUUCUCUGUAACUGGCUUUGUUACCCCAUCCAUUGUUAACCCUCUAAUUUACGGGAUAAGGACAGAGGCUCUCAAAAUAAAAAUUGCUCAGAAACUUAGGAAAAUAUCUGACCCACAUGAUCUGGCAAAGUCAAAAAGUUAG